UAAAAGUUUUCUUUAUAGAGAGGCAGUAUCAUUACAACAUAAAUGCACUUUGAUCACUGAUCAGUAGAGAGAAAGAGAGCACGAACAAAAAAAAAGCUAGCAUUGAUUUGUUCAUCAUUACAGUAACAAAAGACAUAUGGCUUCAUCUUUAAUCUUAACGCUCAUCAGUUUCAUCUCUCUCUCCUCACUUUCCUUCUCUUUGCCUACGACAAAUACAAUCCCAUCUUCUCCAACAAUCUUUCCCUUUGAAGACCAGAUCUCGCCGGAGAUAGCUCCUCUCCUCCCUUCUCCCGCCGCCACCUCCACUCAAACCAUCCCUUCUACUAAUUCAACCCUUCCAGAUCCUCAAAACGAUGACGUUAUGGCCGAUCCUGAUCCAGCCUUUGCUCCAUCCGCUCCACCGCCGGCUUCUUCUCUUGCUAAUCCGUCUUCUCAAGCUCCCGGAGUUCUCCUCUCCGUUGUUUUCGCCGCCGUGUCUUGUUUCUCGCUCCGGCUUCUUGCCGUUUCAGCUUUGUAAUUCAUUUAUAUACUCACGUACGUACUUGUUUUCAUGUGUUUAAUUGUCUCAAAAUCAUUUUAUAUCUCGAAAUAAACAUUUUUUAUCCA